CAAACUCGCUCCGAUCGAAAUGGCUAACGCUCUGCGGGAAUUAUCGGAAAUUUGUAGAUUUUGUUUGUGCCAAAACGAAAGAUUGCUCAUACCGAUUGCGAAAACAUUGGAUACACUGUUGACAAUCGAAGAUAUUGAGCGGUUUUCAGGAGUUAAGUUAUCCACCACUUCGUACGCAAUAUGUCUAGAAUGUAUAAACAAGCUGAAAAUGUCGGUCGAAUUUCGAAUUCUUUGCCUAAGCAACGAUUCCCGUUUUCAAAUGUUACGCAGUAUGCUUAUGGAAUGUGUUGAAAGUAAAAAAAAUGAAGCUAUUGAAUGUUUGGAUGUAUCAGAUGAUGAUAUAGAUAUGCUGAAUUUCGACUACAUGGAAGAAAGUGACUCGGAAAACAAAGGUAACGAAACCUUGCUUACCAAAACCAUCGACCAAGAAAACUCGUAUGCAGAAAAGCACACGGGGCGCAGUCAAAAAAGCUUCAACACAGCCUACGACGAAAGAACCUCAAUGGAGGACUAUUCCGCAAAUUUCAUUGAACCAGGCGUAACAUUAGUGUCGGAUGAGGAGGAUAUCGACCCAAAGGAUUUGAUAUACACCCCGUUAAAUCCAUCAUAUCCGCGUGUUGGCUCGUGUCAGCGUGUGAAAGGGAAACGUAGACUGCACUUGUGUGAUGCUUGUGGCAAGAUGGUCAUCGACAUUGUAUACCAUUUUUUUACUCACGCAACUGAAGCUAAUUUCGCCUGUCCACAUUGUCCUGCCAAGAUUAAAACAAAAAGCAGUUUAGCAGCGCACAUUAAAACUGUGCAUUUGAAAACUAUAAUGAAAACUUGUGAAAUAUGCGGUAAAGGCUUUGUUCACCACAAAACAUAUCGAUAUCAUAUGAAUGUACAUAAAAGCGAAGGAAAAACUUACGAAUGUAAACCUUGUUCUAGAACAUUCUCUCAUCUAAUCGGAUACCAACAACAUAUAAAAAGGUUUCAUAGUAUCAGCAAAUAUUGAAAAUGAUUGGUUGGACAUGUUAUUUUCAUAGUAGUGUAAGAAUGCUUUCGCGCUU